AAGCCACAGGUUGUUUCAGAGAAGCGCGAUCUCAGUGACACUUAACCUAAACAAGCUUGACAAGCUCAAAAACUGGAAUCAGGAUUUACCUAGGCCAAGGGAACACCAGUGAUUUGACGCCGAGUGUUUAGCCUAGCUGUUGAAAGACAUUUUAGCAACUGACAGCAUAAAUCCGGCCUUUUUUUGUUUUUACCUGACAAGUAAUCCAAACAUCUUCGAUAGGCCAGCUGCGUUCAUGUGUGACAUAUACAACCUGGAUUCGCAGUGCGUGUCUUCACCAUGCAAUAUGAGUUGGGCGAUGGAGCCUACAAAUUUCUACGACAAUAAACUGAGCAGUGUCCCCGGAGACUGCAAAACCAUGCGAGGUGAUGGGAUGGGGGAGGACACGAGUAUGGUCGAGCUGAGCACAGCGCCAGCCAUCUACGACGACGAGAGCGCUAUUGACUUCAGCUCGUACAUUGACUCGAUGUCGUCGGUGCCCAACCUGGAACUCUGCAACGACGAGCUGUUUGCAGAUCUGUUCAACAACACUGUGAAGCAAGAGAAAGCUGACUUCUGCUUGCCCAAUGCACCGUCCAGUCACCCGCUGCUGACAACCAGCUCAUUUUGCGUCGGCAUCCAAAAGGACGUGGAGAGGAUGCCGGAUAGCUUCGAGAAAGGUGUGUUCAGCGCGCCCAUCAAACAGGAGCCAGACUGGAGUGACAGUGACAUGUCUUCGUCGCUCCCUUCGCAGAUAGAGACUUGUGCGCAGACAUCGAUGACCCUGCACACAGGACAGCCCACCCCACCAACUACGCCAGAGCCCCUUUCCAUCGGAGGCAGCCCCCGAAAAUCGGGAAAAGACAAGGGUAAAAAGAGCCUUGAUCGAUACAGUCCAGAGUAUCGCCAGAGACGGGAGAGGAAUAACAUCGCUGUGCGUAAAAGCAGGGACAAGGCGAAGAUGCGCAACCUGGACAUGCAGCAAAAGAUGAUUGAACUGAGUUCGGAGAAUGAGCGUCUGCACAAAACAAUCGAGCAGCUAACUCGCGAACUUUCAAGCUUGAGGAACUUCUUCAAGCAGCUCCCCAGCUCUUCUUUCGGGGCGACUCUGUCCGUGGACAGUCGGUGACAUCUCCAGAGACCCUGAACUCUGAAAAUAUACCUCAAUGGACAUAUUCUCUGUAGCAAUUGUACAUAAGUUACACCAGAUGAUUUUUGACACUGAAAAUAUGGCUAUCACAGUCUAUGCUGCCACAUAUAUAUAUAUAUAUUUUUGAAUUUUUCUAUUUUUAAAUUAUUCUCAAACUUCAUAUAUUUGUCAUGGUACAUGUUUUUUUUUAUUCCAAACUUCUUACAAAUGCCAGAGCAUGUUUAAAAUUUUUAUAUGGUUUGUAUAAAAGUUGGGAAAUCUGUGAAAUCUGUAAUAAAAUGACUUGAAAUCUUGAA